AUGGCCCCACUGAACUUCACCAGCCAGGCAAGGAGCUGGGCGUUGCUGGCAGUGGCAUUGCCGGGGUCCCGGCUGGUGCAGACCAAGGAGUUUGCUAGGCUUGGCCAGGACUCAGGAAUGUGCCAGGAUCCUGGCAGCGAUCAACCCCUGAACAGCUUUGAUGUCACCCCUCUGCGCAAACCCCGCACUCCCCUGGAGACCUUCAAAAAGGUGGGAGUCCCCAUCAUCGCAGCGCUGCUGAGCCUGGCGACCAUCAUCAUCAUGGCUGUCCUCAUCAAGGUGAUUCUGGACAAAUACUACCUCCUGUGCGGGCAGCCUCUCCACUUCAUCCCGAGGAAGCAGGUGUGUGACGGCCAGCAGGACUGUGCCUCAGGGGAGGACGAGCAGCUCUGUGUCAAGAACUUCCCCGAUGGGUCCCCGGUGACAGUCCGCCUCUCCAGGGACCGAUCCACUCUGCAGGUGCUAGACCCGGCCACAAGAAGCUGGGUCUCUGCCUGUUUCGACAACUUCACAGAAGCUCUGGCCAAGAUAGCCUGUGGGCAGAUGGGCUAUGACAGCAAACCCGCCUUCAAAGCUGUGGGGAUUGGCCCAGACCAAGAUCUGGAUGUUGUUGGAAUCACAGAGAACAGCCAGGAGCUUCAGGUGCGAAACCUAAGUGGGCCCUGUCUCUCAGGCUCCCUGGUCUCCUUGCACUGUCUUGCCUGCGGGGAGAGCCUGAAGUCCCCUCGGGUGGUGGGCGGGGAGGCGGCCUCUGUGGAUUCUUGGCCUUGGCAGGUCAGCAUCCAGUACAACAAACAACACAUCUGUGGAGGGAGCAUCCUGGACCCCCACUGGAUCCUCACUGCAGCCCACUGCUUCAGGAAGCAUCUCGAUGUACCCAACUGGAAGGUGAGGGCUGGCUCGGACAAACUGGGCAACUUCCCAUCCCUGCCUGUGGCCGACAUCUUCGUCAUUGAGCUCAACACCACGUACCCCAAAGAGAAGGACAUUGCCCUCGUGAAGCUGCAAUCCCCGCUCACGUUCUCCGGCACAGUCAGGCCCAUCUGCCUGCCCUUCUUUGAUGAGGAGCUCCCUCCAGCCACCCCACUCUGGGUCAUUGGAUGGGGCUUUACGGAGCAGGAUGGAGGAAAGAUGUCUGACACGUUGCUGCAGGCCUCAGUGCAGCUAAUCGACCACGCUCGGUGCAACGCAGAGGACGCCUACCAGGGGGAGGUGACCGAGAAGAUGCUGUGUGCGGGCAUCCUGGAGGGCGGCGUGGACACCUGCCAGGGUGACAGCGGUGGGCCCCUGAUGUAUCACUCUGACCUGUGGCAAGUGGUGGGCAUCGUGAGCUGGGGCCAUGGCUGUGGGGGUCCAAGUACCCCGGGAGUAUACACCAAGGUCACAAGCUAUCUCGACUGGAUCUACAGCGUCCGGAAGUUUUGCUUCCCCCAGGAUGGCAUAGAACUGGAACAAUAUAGUAGGCGCUUUGAGGCUGAAGUCUUUCACUUAGCAUAACGCAUUAGAGAUUCAUCCACACUGGCACACGGAACUUUUUAUUGCUGACGAGCACGCCACAUAUGGACGUACGAUGGUUUGUCCACCCAUUCACCAGCUGAGGAACAUUGGCGUUGUUCCCAUUUUGGGCGAUCACAAAUAAAGCUCCUACAAACAUUUGCGUACAGGUUUUUACACGCCCA